AAUAGAAAAAUCCUUAAUCCAUCAAUCGACGGGGUUAUUUUUCACAACAAAAUGAAGAUUUUAUUAGUUUUAGCGUUUGUGGCUUAUUGUUCAGCAAGUUUAGCUGAACAAGAAACCUUAGUGCUUGUUGAUAACCUAAACAUAAGGGAAACUCACUCGCAAUUCUUCAAAUCUUUGCAAGAACGCGGCUUCACGCUAACAUUCAAGCUCGCGGACGACCCCAACCUCGUUCUAUCCAAGUAUGGCGAGUACCUGUACAAGAACCUCAUCAUCCUGGCGCCGUCGGUGGUGGAGUUCGGCGGGCAGGUGGACACGGAGGCCAUCACCCGGUUCAUCGACGACGGAGGCAACCUGCUCGUCGGCGCGUCGUCCGGCGCUGGGGAGGUGUAUAGGGAGGUCGCCACUGAGUGCGGCUUCGAGAUGGAUGAAGAGCCAACAGCAGUGAUUGACCACUUCAACUACGAUGCGUCAGAUGAAGGGGACCACACUAGGAUAGUUGUUUCUCCCAAGAACCUCAUCAAGGCUCCAACUAUUGUUGGAUCUCAGAACACGCAGCCGAUCCUGUUUGAGGGCACCGGCCUUAUCCUGGACCAGGACAACAGCCUGGUGCUGCCGAUCCUCACUGCUGACAGCACGGCCUACAGCUACAACCCUAAGAGCCAGGUGAAGGAGUACCCUCACUCGGUGGGUCGCAAGACGGUGCUGGUGGCGGCGCUGCAGGCGAGGAACAACGCGCGCAUCGUGUUCAGCGGGUCCCUCUACUUCUUCUCCGAUGAGGCCUUUGACUCCUCUGUCUCUAAGGUCCAUGGCGACAAGGUCAAAUCCGCCCAGUCCGGCAACAAGGCGCUGGCGCUCUCGCUCGCCGAGUGGGCGCUCGGGUCGCGCGGCCGCCUGCGCGUGCGCAGCGUGAGCCACCGCCGCGAGGGCGACACCGGCUCCACCGACACCUACACCAUCACUGAGAGCGUGAUCUACACCAUCGAAAUCGAAGAGCUGAAGAACGGCAAAUGGCAGCCAUUCGAAGCGACGGACGUCCAACUAGAGUUUGUCCGCAUUGACCCCUUCGUCCGCACGACGCUCAAGCGCCGGCCCGACGGCGCCUAUGAGGCCAAGUUCAAGGUGCCCGACGUGUGGGGGGUCUACCAGUUCAAGGUCGACUACGACAGGGUCGGCUACACUCGCCUGUAUCAUACCACUCAGGUGUCGGUGCGUCCACUGCAGCACACCCAGUACGAGCGGUUCAUCCCCUCCGCCUACCCCUACUACGUGAGCUCGUUCUCCAUGAUGCUGGGAGUCUUCCUCUUCAGCUUCGUGUUCCUGUACUACAAGGAGGACGCGCCCAAGACCAAGGCUGAAUAGAGUGGAGGUUGUAGCCUUCAUGGUAGAAGUGUCACAAGUUUGUCUGUGUGUAUGAGUGACGUUAGUUAAGCAUUUAAAGAGAAUGAUUGAAUAAAAUAAAUGAAUGGUUUAUUUA